AUGCCGCCAUGCAAACAAUGCGGCGUGCCCACCAUUUCAGAUCCUGACGUUGGACUUGUCUGCCCUCAAUGCGGAGAAAUUGUCGAUCCAGACCGAGUCGUCUUAGCUAUCGAUGGUGAUCUCCCACCAGUUGUCUCAGAACCAUUUCCAGCGUCCGCACGGACAAUCAAGACUGCACGAAAUCGGUAUCUUGGAGGAGCAGACAAGGAAACUCGAACUCACAAGAGCUUGCUUGAAAUGCAACGGUUCAUUAACAACCUCUCACGCGCGUUACUCGUUUCUAGCGUGUCUGACCGUGCAUACAAUAUAUUCCAGCAAGCUAUGGCCACAGGCAAAUUUCGCUGGGGUCGCACUGCUAGGCUAGUAGCUGGUGCAUGCGUGUCCAUUGCCCUUCGUCUCAAUCACCGUCCUGAACUAUUCGUCGACAUUUCUCAUCUUGUCGGUGAGAAAACGGCGGCUUUAACGAGCACAUUCUCCUCCGUUAUUUCGACCCUCAAGAUGGAUCAACUUCCGUUGUCUGAGCCUAAAUCUCACAUCGAAACCCUCCGAGAGCACUUGUACUCGGCGUUGAGUGCUAAUCAGUCAGCCAUUCCUUCCACUCUUGUAUCUGCUAUCAAACCACUUUCUAUCAAUUCCAUUGUAGCUACCGCAACAGCUCUCUCCGACCUCCUUGUCUCCUCAGUUCCUCCAAGUGCUGUUGCACGUCUUCCGGCGUCUCCCACGGCAUGUGCAGUGCUGAUUUGGGCAAUCGAAGGCGAAUUACGGACGAGUCUAGCGCAGGUUGGCGAACUGGCAGCGUUUCUUGCGACAAAAUGCAACUUCACCAAGUCAGUCGUCAUGACUCGUUACAAAAUCAUUCAAGACGAGCUGAUGGAUCGCAUCGACAAGGUCGAGUGGCUUGACCACUACGAUCCCCACAACGGAAAGAGUGGAAGGGCGAAAAUCUCACGUCGCAUUGUCGCUGCUAGAGGAGUCAAGGCCGUUAUCGAGUAUGAGCGUGAGUGUCGUCGAGAAGAGUUUCAGACCAAUGCACAUGAAGGUGAAGAUGAUGAUUCGGAUGGCCCAGAGAGUACUGACCGGCGUCCCCGUAAACGAAGAAGAGUCCACGCACUGCGCGACGCUACUCGAUUUCUAUGCAAUCCACUCGUUGGUUCACUUCCGUCAUGUUUGUUUCCUUCGACAACCGCCAACCCACCACCCUUACCUUUGACCACUUACCUGCUCACCUCUUCAAUAUGCAUGCGCCGAGACAAUUUACCGUCACGUCUCCAGCUUCUCGCCGCGUCACGUGGUGGCGUCAGCUCAGAUGACAUUCCCGAAGACGAAUUAUUCGAAGAGGGCGAGCUCGAAAUGAUAUUUCGGUCUGAAGAAGAGGCUGAAGGGGAUUUGCGUAGGUUCUAUGGAUGGGAACCAAAAGAGGAGAGGUUGGCUGCCUUGGUUGCUCUUCCCCCCGUCUUGAAGGAGCGGAAACGAGGGGAUGUAAGAGGCCAAUCACGCAAGGCGUCGCGAAUCAACGCUGAAAGCAUUGCGAUGUUUAUGGCAGACGAUCAACCUGAGGAUGCGGUGGAGCUGGGAGACCUCCUGUCGCUUGAUGAUGACCCCAGAAUCAUUGUUGAAGAGAGCGGGGACGUAACGGGGGCUCUAUUUGGGCUGUCGAGGAGUAUGAUUGAAGACCGAGCAUUCUCGCCGUUGCUCGAUUGGGAAGAAGAACCAUAUGCGGAAGAAAUAUAA